AUGGCGGAGCACCAGCAGUCGUUUUUUGCGCAGGCCGUGUCGCCCCUGACACCCGAGGCGUCGCCCAAGAGCCACGCUGCUUCCAUCACGUCCGCGUCGCAUCGGCACACAGCGGCAGACGAGGCGCGUGCCUCUGCACCACCUCAGCGCCGAGCGAGUGCUGCGGGAAGAUGCGCAGCGUCUCCUGCGGCCGCGCCACCCCCGCGCAUUCACGGAAAAGCCUGGCUCUUCCAUACGGUGCUGCUGCCAUCUAUCCGAACGACGGACUUUCGUCGUGACGGCAGCGUACAGCAGCACCGUCGCGGCGACGUGCAAGAAAAAGCCGCGCCACUGCUCGCGCGCGACCACCUGACACAUGUGAGAUCCCCAAAGUCAACUGGGCGUGCGAGCACCAGCGCUUCCGUCGAUCCUGCGCCGACCUUCUUGAUGGAGCCGAAUCACUUUUUUUUCGCAGACACCCCGUCCCCCUCUGGCAGCGGUGGGUCACUGGCGGACCGCUAUAGCCUACGCACGCUCUACACGUCCCGCUGUGUCAGCCUUGGCAUGCGGCGGCCAUUCGACCACCUUUUGUACCAACUUCCCAGUGAAGCGGGCCAAGGCGCAGCGGAUCAGUUGCGCAUGCUUGUUGCGCGAGACACGUACGUCCCCGCCAAGGCGUGCCAGGCGCUCACGGUUUUGUUGCCCUACUGCACCGGGCUCGAGUACAUCAGCCUGAGCAACGCAGGGCUGCGGAGCAAAUCCGGCUUCAUGACGGGUGUGAAUGCGCUAUUGGACGCGCUCAUCUUCGGCCCAGCGGGCAGCGGCAUCGGUGCGGCCCUACACACCAUUGAUCUCUCCAUGAACAAGCUCGACGACCGCACCGGUCGGCGACUCGUGCGCCUCGUCCAGCGACAGCCUCACCUGCGUGUGGUGAAUAUUGACGGCACAGAAAUCAAGGACAGGAUGAAGACACGCAUAGCUGAAGAGCUUCGACGGAACUCGAAGGCGCACACCGCCGAUACCGCUCGAUGA